UGCUGAUGUGUGUGUUUUCUGUGUGAAAGCUCUGCCAUCCAGUGGUUGACUGUGAGAAACAUGCCUUCGGGAACCAAGGUGCUUGUUCCUACCCGAGUCACAAAACGUGUGGCACCUGCAAUGUAUGUACGUUUCAUUGUCCCUGGUUGCCGUUUUACCAAUGGACUGACACCAGCCAGCAGACAUGCUGCUGAAAGAUCUUCCCAGAGAAGCCCUGAUGCGGCCAUUGUCCAGGAAUGAGGUGGUUGGCAUGCUGGUGAGGUUGACCAUCUUUGGUGCAGCCACAUACUAUAGCAUCAAAUGGGUGGUGGAAGCGAUGGAUCCUACCUCCAAACAGAAAAGCCAAGCCAAGAAGAGGGCAGAACAGCUGAUGAAGAGGAUUGGUGUCGAGGGGGUCAAACUAACAGAGUAUGAGAUGAACAUUGCAUCGCAACUAGUUGAUCCGCACUCUAUGAAGGUGUCCUGGAGGGAUAUAGCAGGCCUGGAUGAGGUUAUCAAUGAGCUGCAAGACACAGUCAUCCUGCCCUUUCAGAAAAGACACCUGUUAGCUGGAUCCAGACUCUUUCAGCCUCCUAAAGGUGUAUUAUUGUUCGGUCCUCCGGGAUGUGGGAAAACCAUGAUUGCCAAGGCAACAGCCAAAGCCUCAGGAUGCAAGUUUAUCAACCUUCAGGCCUCCACGCUGACAGACAUGUGGUACGGCGAAUCACAGAAGCUGACUGCUGCAGUCUUCUCAUUAGCUGUCAAAAUUCAGCCCUGCAUCAUCUUCAUUGAUGAGAUUGAGUCAUUUCUGAGGAAUCGCUCCAGUCUGGACCACGAGGCCACGGCCAUGAUGAAAGCCCAGUUCAUGAGCCUGUGGGACGGCCUGGACACCUCCUCAACCACUCAGGUGAUGGUGAUGGGAGCCACUAACAGGCCACAUGAUGUGGAUCCAGCCAUUCUGCGCAGGAUGCCCACUACUUUUCACGUUGGUCUGCCUAACAUAAGGCAGAGACAAGACAUCCUGAGGCUGAUUCUAGCAGGAGAAAACCUGAGCAACGCCAUUAACCUGAAGGAGAUCGCAGAGAAGACAGACGGCUACUCUGGCAGCGACCUCCGGGAGCUCUGUCGCGACGCUGCCAUGUACCGAGUCCGGGACUACGUCCGCAAGGAGCAGAUGAGGCUGAUCGCUCAGCAGCUUCAGGACUGCCAGGAGGAGGAGGAAGAAAAACCUGUGGAUGAGGAGCGCUUGCGGCCGGUCACCCAGCUGGACCUCUUCUUUGGCCUGGACAAGAUGAAGGAAUCUAAGCGGGCCACAGCCUUCAUGUUACCCAGCGUGUCCGAGGUUCCCCUGGACUGAACGCCAUCCAAGCACCACCGAGGGGAAGUGUUUUCUCUUCGCCUUUGUCCACAGUGUUUCAGCUGGCCUAGCAGAGACACCGCCAAAAUGUCAGAGGUGCAGUUGGAAAUGCCAGUAGACAGCCAUACUUUUUUUAAACUUUGUUUACCCAGGCGGGGGGUUCUUCUGAGCAUGCUCAUUUCCAGCGCAGACCCACCACUUGUGUACAGUUACAUUUAGAAAUCUACCAUUCCUGCAUAAUGUCCGCUGACCUGCUCCACUGGAAAACAGUCAGUGUCUUGCUCAAAGGCACUGUGAUGGUUUGUCUGGAGAAGUACAAAGCAAUUAUACUAGACUUUCUAACUCUGCAUAAAGCCAGUCCAUCACCGACUUACACCUGAUUAUAACCUAAAGGAACUCCAGACUCACCAGUGUAGUCCUUUUCUUUGCUGAUUGAUUCCCAAAUCAGCUUUUACUCCAGUUCAGGUGUGUUUUUUGGAUUAAAAACACUUAAAUAACUUGAUAAAUAAAUAGCGUGAUGUUAGCCGGGCCCUGGAUAAGAAGUGGUUCAGCUCAUCCUGGUGCUUUUAGGUCACACUAUUCAAAGUAAUAACAUGUCUAGCAAGGACUACCUAGUCCAGUUUCAGGAAUGUCGUAAUCUAAUGAAAAAAACAGACAUUGUGUAUGUCUUAGUCUCUUUAAAUGUCAGUUUUAAUCUUAAAUGUUGAAAGUGAACACCUCUUCCAUUUUCCAGCCCUUGUCUUCUUCCCCUGAAUCUGCUUGAAUUGAAUUGCUUCCUUCUAUCGGAUGUAAUGCUUGGACUUUUAAAAAAUGAUUUAAUUUUAUCAUUAUUUGUGUUCCACAAUUGAGCUACUGUCUUUUUUUUUAGUUUGGUUGGUUGCGUUUUUGCUUUUUAAAUUAAGUAGAGGAUAUGUUGCCUCAUGUAAUGCUGUAGACCUGCAGUUAUGUGAUACUCAUCAUGUAGAGUUGCUGCUCCCAAGGAGCUUUAGUUCACAAUAUUUCUUCUGAAAUUACAAUAACAUGUAACAGUUAAAUGUGUGUUGUUUCUCAUGAAAUCGCCACUGAUAUAGAUGCCAUAAAAUCGCAAUACGUACAUGACAGAGAAGAGGAAGAGAGGGAGGUAACAUUUGCUAAGGUCGUCAAAGAGCUCAUAUAAGCACCUGUCAUUCUGAUGGAAAUUUGUGAGACCGUAGUCAUAGUCAUUGUGGCAGCCAGGAUUGUUUUAGUUAAAAUAAGUCGUAAUAUGAGUUCACAUUGAAUAGAAAAAUUCAAUAGCGAUGCGGCCUGUAUGUAGUUAUUUCCCAUAGCUGUUCAUAUGUCCGAAAACAGAAGACAAAACGUCAAUACUUAAACACUUGAAUAGAAACUACAGCUGCAGUGAUGUGAGCCUGUGGCAGCAAUAAUCAGAUGGUGACAUUCUGUUAUCUCAGUUAUCGUUAUUUUACUACGAAGUGGCUGUGAAAUUGUACAAUUGCAUCAUUAAUCAGUCUACUUGCUGUUAGCGGGUGUAUUAUAACUGUGAUGCUGUAUGCAGUGAAUAACAGUGAAGCAAAAUCUUGGGUUAGAGUUAAGGCCAAGACUUUGAAUGCAACUAAAGAUGAUUAAUUGUCUUCAGUGUGUUUUAACGCACAAAAAAAAGCAACACCGAGUUUUUUUUUCAU